CCUACCUGUGGCGUGCAGGUGGGCGCGGUGGCUGCCGGGGCUGGUAGUCCCUGGGGAGGGUAGGGCAUUCCAGCCGGCCGGGCGGGGUGCGGAGCCAUGGACAAGCUGAAGCGGGUGCUGAACGGCCGCGACGCGGAGGAGCCGAGCGGCCUGGCCGAGGUUAUCGAUGCCACUUCCUUAGGUUGGGACACCCGAGUGAAAGGUUUCAUUGCGUGUUUUGCGAUCGGAUGUCUGUGCUCGAUCUUGGGUAGUUGUCUGCUAUGGAUACCAAAGAAAGGGCUGGUACUCUUUGCAGUGUUUUAUACCCUGGGGAAUAUUGCAUCCAUUGGGAGCACCAUGUUUCUUAUGGGACCAAUGAAACAAUUGAAGCGGAUGUUUGAGCCCACACGUUUGAUUGCUACUAUUGUUAUGCUAUUGUGCCUCAUACUAACACUGUGUUCUGCUUUCUGGUGGCGUAAGGCAGGACUCGCGCUCCUUUUCUGCAUCUUACAGUUUUUUGCCAUGGCAUGGUACAGCAUUUCCUUCAUACCAUAUGCAAGGGAUGCUGUGAAGAAAUGUGUUUCAGUCUGUCUGUCCUAACAGGAAUACUGGAUGCCUCUCAAAGUUCUAGGCAGUUCUGGGUAGAACUGUGUUUGGAUUAUUGUGUUGUGUGUAGUUUCCUACUUCUGUCUUGAACAUGUGCCUUUCAGCUGCUUGUUAGAAGCUCCUAGUGUUACACCCGGCGUCUGCAGUUGCUUGGGGUUGUAAGUGGUGUCUGUGGGACAGGGGGCUUGUGAUCAAAUGGAAUUCAGUCUGGCAGAAGAACUGGGCAGAGGCCCAUAAUUUGUUAUGGUGAUUCUUGCAUAAAUUCAUGCAUUUGGUUUUGCAAAAGUUUCAAAGUAAUGGGUGAAGUCUAUAAGGUGAAGACCUUGGCUGUGAUGGGACUGUGCCAGUUCUAGAGUUGAAAACUGAUUUCUUACCAACAACUUGGGAUUUUUUUAAAUAGCCUCAAGUCACUUAAUCUUUGCACUGUUUGCCUUGGAUAAUGGAAUAUUGGUAUUCUUUCUUUUCCUGUCUCUCUUGCAAAAUUUUAGGUUUAUGAAACUUCUAAAAGAUGUAAUUUGAAAAGCAAACACAGUUGUGGACUAACCAUGAAAUGUUUGCAUCUUUAAUGAAAUACUUAAUUCUCAGUCCAUACUGUUAGUAUUUCCUAAAAUACAUAAAGGGGACAUUUUCAUCUGAAAAAUCUUGAUCCUGUUGGAAAAGCACUUGUGAAAUAAGGUCCAUUGAUGUUUUCAGCUACCAGGAACUUGAGUUCUUUUCCUUGUUCAUGAUUGCAAGGUAGGAAGCUGACAUUUUUCACAUGAAGUGAGGUGCUUCUCUUCUCCUUCAGCUGUAGCAUAACAGCAAUGCAAAGGGCUUAGUAGACAAGCAAUAAAAGAGUUUAUGUAUAUCCUUCCUCAGAGGACAAACUGUCAUAAGGUAGAAAUGGGCUAUUGUUUUUAAGGAGCCUGGGUCAGGGAGAAGACAUUUUCUGAACUUGUAAAUAAGUUAAAACUCCAACAUUUUUCUUUGUUUCUUUGUAAGUGGAAUCAGUUUUCUUUCUGUUAAAACUCUUACACACACCAGUGAACUUCUCUGCCUGGAGGAGAAAGUACAAAAUUAUGUUGCCUGUAGUGACAAGGAAAGCGUGAAACAAUCCUGCUGCCAGCUACAAACAAGUGCUGAACAGUCUGUAUCCAAAUUCCAAGGCCACUCUGUGUUCUCUUCAUAUUCUGAGCUAUGUAUAAUCAUUUACUCCCACAGCACAGUAGUGGUCAGUUUAAUAUCUGAGCACAGAUUCCUGCUUCUGCUGUGUGAGAUAGUGUUUAACUGCUUUCCCCUUUCCUCUUACCAGACUGUCUUGCUGAAGCCCGUGUUUAAGAUUAUAGUUUUCCAGUGCACUCUGGUGGGAACUGAGGAAUCUCUUCCUCAAUCUACCAAGAGUUUAGUUGUUUAAGAGUAUUGUGUUUGCAUGCCAUGUGUAUCCCUGACUUGUAUUACAAAGACUUUAAUAUAGGAAAAAUCUGGAUCUCCUUGGCUGUGAAGUAUAAGCUCACAGUGAAGGCAAAUAGCUUUGUGAAAGUGCCUAAGAAAUUAAUUAAGCCAAAAUCUUAAAUUAAAGUGUCCUUCUGAUAAUUAAUAAAGCGCACUACCACCCACCUGUAAGGAUCCUCUAAAAAAAAAAAAAAUCAAAGAUUCCCUUUUGCAGAUAGUAUGAAAGGGAGAUUUUGACAAGUGUUCUGUGGAUUCCAGGUGGCCAGAAUUAUUGUUGCAAAGGCAAUUGAAUGGAAAGAUGGCAUUGAUGUUGGAAUGAAACAGUUAUGCAGAUUCAAGUACUGUGUCCUGGCACUUUUUUUACCUCCCAGAUUUAGAAGUUAGUUUUGAAAUAAAUGUGUUGACUAUUACUGUUCUUGAAAAGAUGAUUUGGUUAAAUUCUCAAGAGAGACUGGGAAUUAAAGAAAAUUGUUCUUUCUUUUCCCUGGCUGAUCUGAGACAAGUGUCUAAACUGAUGUAUGUCUUUUUUUUAUCAGGGACUAAGUUCAAAACCUAAUUUACAUCAGUCAAAGAACCUAUACCAGUCUUCUGUUAGGACUUUCAUAAUGUUUACAGAAUUCCUUUAUAUAAGGGAAAUUGAAAUGCAAACCUAAUGCCUUUUACAUUCCAAUUAUUCCUUUAAUUUUAGCAUCUCUGAAUGUCCCUGGAAAAAGGUACAAGCACAGUAUCUAUUAUUUCUCCUUCCCUCUCCAGCUAAAUUACAUUAACUCUGAUCAUCAUUCUGGGUUCAGCAGCCAUGAUAACAGAAUUUGACUUUUGGGAUUCUUUUUGAUUACUUCAGAGUAGGAGGAGUACAUGUCUUUUGCUUAUUCCUUGGCUAGCUUGGGCAGAGUUCUGGUAGCCUGACUGUCUGGCAGUUCUUCUGGAAGAACAGUGCAAUUGGGCAUGGUGAAUAUUAGUUUUUCAACGUGCACUAGUUCUAGCUACCUAGAACCUUUUAGCUGGCUCUUGUGAACACAGCCAAGUAGGAAGUUUAUGAAAAUACCAGUAGAUGGCACAUAAAUGGAUUUUUGUCCUUUCCCCCUCUCAGUUUAAAACUGUAAUUACAGCUCCACAGCCUUUUAUUCAGGAAGAGAGAGCAAAUCUUCAUUUGACUUCACAGCACAUGAGGCUAAGCAAUUGUGCCUUUACAGAAAGGGAACUCAAGGGAAGAUGGCAAGGACACAAGGAUCACAAGAGUGCCACUGGAGUUUAUGUUGCCCUUUGGUGUUGUAUUAUGUUCCUGGCAACAUCAAACAGUAGGAGAGACUUGCCAUAUUCUUGCCAAUAUGUGAAACAUACUCAGGGUUUGUUGCUUCAUCUACAAGUAGUUCUUACUUAAAAUAGCUCUCCCAGAACAAAACUCUUUAGAUUCUUAUUAAAUUUUAAAUGGUUGUAGUGAGUCUGUUGACAAGUUUAUCAGCAAAAGAAAUUUCCACUUAACUGAAGUACUUUAUUUUAUUUGAUUUUUACAUAACUGGGGAGUAAACUAUAUGAAUAUUCCCUCCUGAGUAGUUUUCAAUCUGAAUUAGAUGAUAUCAUGAUACCUUUUUUUUGGUCAUUAAACCUACUUUGUGUUACGUUUUGAUAUCAUCAGCUUUGGUUAUCUGCUUGGCAGGAAGCAUGGUGCGUAUUUCUGAAGCCUUCCAUCUCACUGUCCUUAUGGGUAGGAAUGUGUUGUUGUGUGUGCUCUACUGCAAAUAGAGAGUUUGUGGUUGGAAUCACAAACUCCUUCCUUCCCAAAGUCCUUGCUCUGUUGCCUACAGCACUUAAAGCUGACUUCCCUAAAGAAACUUUUCGAUGUUGAGUGCCCAUCUCAGUAGGAUUUGGUGUUCUAACAGAAAGUGCUUUUUGCUCAGCCUGUUGACCAAUUUGCCCACUUUUUUUUCACUUUUUGCUGUACAGAUAACAUAACCUCAACCAAGCAGCCUUAGCAUACAGUUCUAGCAUGGAAUUUGUAUGUCCUGGAUCAGCUGACUUUCCAGCUAUAUUAGAGAGGGAAAUAGGGAGGGUGGUAGUCAUCUGUUCCCAAUGUACUGAGACUCUAUACAUUGAAAUGUGGGAUUUUUUUUUUACUACUUCAAUGUUUUGCUGUUUCAUGUGGUAAAGUCCAUUAUGAAUACUUGUACUAUCUGAAAUGGUUCAACAUUGAUGAUGUGAACAAUUUAAUGUCAUUUAGUAUUUAUAGUAAUAAGAUUAUUCAGGAGCUGUUACAAAAACCAAGGAGGAAUUUUCUGCCACAAGUUGAAAUUCUUUUCAGAAACCAUGUUUUUAAAAGGAAAGUGUAUUGGGCUCUAUGUGUGCUGCAGACUUCCUGAGAAAAGCUCUUCCUUCAUUUUGGUACUUAAUCAUGUUCAUGAAAGUGAGAUCACUGUGCUAUUGUAAACUGAGGAGGAGGAUGUUUAAACACGUUUGUCUUAAAUACUGAUGUUUACAUCCAUAGCAAAUACUGGCCAUUUUGGAGGGAAAACACACAAAUGGUUUAUUGUCUUAAAACCAUGUGCCUUGCUGUAAUGUGACUAAUUUUUUUACCAGCUGUGGAAUUGUUUUGUAAAAUAAAAAACAAACUCAGAAA